AGUAGAGGAGGCGCCAGAGGCACAUGGCAUCGCCACCCCUUCUCCCACCCUUUCCACCACGCGCGCGCGCGCGCGAGCGCUCCAGCUUCGCUAUAAACGCGCCGUCGCCGCGCCGGACAGCCUAGAAACGUAAGGACGUGCGACAGAGGCAGGCGCACCCGGCGGUAUCGCGGGCGCCUUCGUUUUAUUUUGUUUCCUCGCUUCCACUCAACCCUUUCGUCCGAAAGUCGCCGCGGACUGAGCGGCGUACGGCAGAUGCGCUAGCGAAAUUCCCCGCUGUUACACGCUUUGCCUACGUCCCAAACUGCAGUUCCUAAGUGGGAGUGAGUGAACCAGAACUGCGCGAGAAAGCAUCGGGUCGGCUGCGUUUCUUCGUGGGGCCCGUCCCGUGUUCGCCGUUGUUUUCUGAAGACUCCCGUCCCCUUCCGUGAAUGCUCGAAAGGAAGAAGCUGCCGUCCUUGCCCUGGACGACCGAGAAAGAUCGUUGCCCUUCGACGAAUACGCAUUUGUGCGCGAGACGGCGCGAUCGAUGCGGACAGAACGCCUCGUCGUUGUUUAGUGCGUGCGUGAGUGUGCUGUGAUAGGGUGUUUCGUUCUCUCGUUUUAGAGAACUGUCCUAUUUUCGUCGUUAUCUCUCGCUGUUUGGUUUUGCGUAACAACACUGGGAGAAGUCGUCAUGGAGGAAACGGCGAGUGACAAGACGUCGUUCCAAAGCGUCAACUUGGAAUCGUGGGACAUUGUGGUGAUCGUCGCGUACUUCGUGGGAGUGAUGGCCGUUGGCAUCUGGUCCUCGUGGAGAAGCAGCCGGGGUUCCAUGAGCGGCUACUUCUUGGCCAGCAGGAGCAUGCACUGGAUACCGGUUGGUGCUUCGCUUUUCGCCAGCAACAUCGGGAGCGGCCACUUUGUUGGUCUGGCCGGAUCUGGCGCCGCAACGGGCAUUGGAAUCGCGGGGUUUGAGCUGAACGCUGUCUUCGUGCUCAUGAUCCUGGGAUGGUUCUUUGUGCCUGUCUACGUGGCUUCAGGGGUGUACACGAUGCCGGAGUACCUGCGAAAGAGGUUCGGUGGCCAGCGGAUACGAGUAUACCUGUCCGUGCUUGCCCUUCUCUUGUCCAUCUUCACGAAGAUCUCGGCGGAUCUCUUCGCCGGGGCCAUCUUCAUCAAGCAAGCUCUGGACUGGAACCUCUACAUGUCGGUCUGUGUACUCUUGGUCAUCGCCUGCAUAUUCACCGUCGCCGGUGGCCUUAGCGCUGUGAUUUGGACAGACUUUGUCCAGACGAUCCUCAUGGUCGUCGGUGCCUUUGCUCUCAUGGUGCUGAGUUUUAUUAGGGUGGGCGGCUACGAGAAGCUGAUGCGAGACUUCGCGUUCGCCGAGCCGGCCAACAAAAGCUUUGUGCAGUUCACCGAGGACAACACGUCCUGCUCCAAGGUGCCCGACAACUACAACCACUUGCUGCGCACAGCCUCGGACCCUGAGCUACCGUGGACAGGAAUGGUGUUCGGUCUCACCAUCUGUGGCAUCUGGUACUGGUGCUCGGACCAGGUUAUCGUCCAGAGAGCCCUUUCCGCGAAGAACAUGGUUCACGCCAAGGCUGGUUGCAUCCUUGCCGGCUACCUCAAGCUUCUCCCCCUGUACCUCCUUGUCCUGCCCGGCAUGGCCGCCCGUGUCCUGUACCCAGACCUGGUCGGCUGCUCGACUCCUGAUCGCUGUCGUGAAGUCUGUGGCAGCGAAAAUGGCUGUACCAACAUUGCCUACCCGCUCCUCGUCGUCAAGCUGAUGCCCGUCGGCGCUCGCGGCAUGAUGCUGUCGGUGAUGCUGGCCGCUCUCAUGUCGUCGCUGACGUCCAUCUUCAACAGCUCUUCGACCAUCUUCACCAUCGACAUCUGGAAGAAGUUCCGCAAGCACGCCUCCGACGUGGAGCUGCUCAUCGUGGGCCGCUCCUUCGUCGUCGUCCUCGUGGCGCUGAGCAUCGCCUGGAUCCCCAUCAUCGAGCACUUCCCGAGCAGCCAGCUCUUCCACUACAUCCAGAGCGUCACCAGCUACCUGGCGCCGCCCGUGUGCGCCGUCUACGUCAUGGCCGUCUCCUGGAAGCGUGUCAACGAAUCUGGCGCCUUCUGGGGUCUGAUGAUCGGCUUGGCCGUCGGCAUCGCUCGCUUCGCCUGGGAGUUCUCGUACGUGGUUCCCGGCUGCGGGAGCGGGUUGGCUGACCCCAGGCCCGCCUUGAUCUCGCAAGUGCACUACUUGCACUUCGCAGCGAUACUGUUCCUCAUCUCGCUCAUCUCCACGGCCGUCAUUAGCCUGCUCACGCCGCCCAUCGACGAGAGACAUCUCUACCGGUUGACCUUCUCGACGAGGUUCAGCACCGAGGUGAGAGAAGAACUGGACAGGCCGCAGAAGAAGGUGCCGCCCACUGUCAGCGCAGUCACCGGAGGUGCGGACAACCUGGCCUACAACAAGAGCACGGACAACCUGGCAUCCAACGAUGUGCCCAUGACUAUUCGGGGCCACACGUCGCCGCACGAAGUGAUGCAAGCCCCACGGAAAGAACUGCGUGGGUUCAAGAAGGCGCUGUUCUGCGUCUGCGGCGUCACGUCUACGCACGAGGAAGAACAAGAGAUGGCGGCUAACCAGCUGCCGCCCGUGAGUCCCGAGGUGGCGGCGCAAGAGGCGGUCAAGGCCCUGGACGAGCAUCGCGUGUGGGGCACCGCCUGCACGCUCAACGCCGUCGUACUCAUAGCCGCGUGCGCGUUCGUCUGGGGCUUCUACGCCUGAGCAGCAACCCUAUAGUGCCCAGCUCCCGAGCAGGCCAGCUACUGUGCGACGCCCCUCUCAAUCCACUAUAGACGCAGGCUUGUGUUUUGGGACGCCAUCGUGAUGACAAUGCAAGUGAAGGUGUUCCGGCCAUUCUUCAAUGCUUCUAGAGCCAUCGGCAGUGCUGGAGCAGCACCAGGACAAUUUGGGACAACGCCUCGCCUGAGGAUCGCUUUGAUGACGCGACAGUUGUUGCACGCACCGUCGUGCGAUGUUCGGUUAUUAGCGCUUUAGCAUACAGGAGGCGUACUAUAGCCGCAUGUCCGGAAUACCGGAAUUCUUCUCCGGGAACAGCGGUGCUGGUGGUCACAUCUUGUGGGGCUGGGUUUACCCACAAACGUGUAACCCUUAUUGCACUGGCAGGCCGGCCUAUUCGACCUGCCUGAGCGUGUAAAUGUGUCGGUAGUGACCUAAUCGUUACGAAGCUACUUAAGCAGCUUUUGUUUCGAGCAGGUAGGCAACACUACAGCCUUUCCGACAAGACGCGGUUGAUCAUUGCGUCGCGAGAUGUGGCCAGCUAUUCUGUUCGGGGACGCUUCAGUUAUUCCGAUGAACGUAUGCACCAUAGUACGUCUCUGCUACGCUAAAAACUAUUUCUCGUCUGGUAGCUACCGGCAGAACUCGCCCGGACGACGGACGCUGACAAAGUACCUCCCUGCGUCAAAGGACGUGGCCCUGUGCGGAACGUAUCAAUUCAAACUCGUGGAGUCUGUGAUAGCAAGCCGUAUGCGUGGCAGAGACUGCUGAUCCAUGGUUCAGCGUCUGUGUUUAUGUGUUGUUUGUGCUGCGAUGCUGUACCUUUUCUUUUGUAUAGCUUCUAUUUCACAGCGCAGGGCGCUUGCUAGUUUAGAGCUGAAAGCAUAGGCGAGCUGAGUCCAUGGCUUCUAUAUACUCGCCUCACGAACUCCGCGGUUCACUCUGUCGAAUCAAUGCGCACACGAAAGCGCAAGGAGCCGAGAGCCUCCCACCGCUGUCAGAAUGACACAAGUUUUCGCGCAGAAAGUGGGGUCACGUGGUCACGGGAACCACGGGUAUGAUUGACUCAUAACAGUAAUAUUUUGGACUAUAUUGCGCAUCAUCAAAACGCGAAAUAAAAAAAACAAAACAAAAAACGAGCCAGCAUCAAGACAGAAGCAAGGAUGGCAAAUGUGAGCGCCAUUUUCGCUAGGCCAAUACAGAUUAAAGUUAGGUCAAAUCUGUUUAUUCGCUUUCUCCACGUCAUUCUUGUUCAGGGCGCACUUUAGGGCUCUGUAUCACUACGGUUGAGUUGACAGCUCGAGGACUCUCAGCUGCGCGCAAUUCGUGCGGGAACGAGCGGCUGUGCACCGCGGUGCUCAAAUGUUCCUGAAUUUAACAGCGGGGAUUGUGUGAACCAAAGAACGGCGGCAGUGUUUUCCUUUUCAUGCGUACAAACAUACAGAGGGUUGCACCGCGCUUGACGCAUCGAGGAAAAGACAGGUUGGAAGGCAUACAAGUCCCAGUUGGGCCUUGUUGUUUAUUCUUCCAGUGACAUCUUGUUUUACUGCAAUCAACUCGGUAUAUAUUGCACGUAUAACGAUGCUUUUUUUUUUUAAAUCAGUGUGACUUCGAUAAAUGUAACCAGAAGCGCCCACCGUCUUCCACCACGGCAGUACACAUUUCAUGCGGGCGCAACACGAACUGGCCGCUAAAGUCUGAAGCUGAGACAACAGAAGACGAUGUCAACAUUGGGCUUUACGCUGCUGGUGAUAUUGCUUGCGCAUUGUACAUACUUUCUAGUGAGUGCCUGUCGUGCUUUCCACCUCUUACCAUGCGCUGAGGUCAAGUCCUUGAGAAUCAACAGGUCCUGGCUUCCUCCAACAUUACCACAGAGCCAAUGUUAGAUGCCAGUAUCUUCAAAUAACAGCAAGCCUUUCACAUUGUUUCGCCGUCUAGAAAAAAAAAAGAAAGAAAGCAAGGGCAGCAAUGCCAGUGUUGGCUAGACUGCGUUGCUCGAUGACUGCUUAACCAUGGAAUACUGUAGGACCUCGGUUUGAAUCGAGUUAUCGUAGGUACGGGUGGUGAAGUUCAUACUUUUGUGAUCGGCCGCCACUCGGGCUUCAAUACGAAUGUGUAUGUGUGUGUGUACAUAUCGGUGCGCCACAUGCGAGCUUUAAAAAUCAUUUCAUACACUGAAUCAUCUUGGCACCUCGAUGGGGUUCAACUUUGUAAAUAUAUUUCUAGCAGGGGUGGUUCAGCAUAUACUAAGUGUAGACUUUUGAACGCCGCAGUUUAUUUUAAAUGAUGCCAUGCGUGUCAACUUUAGAGAUGCGUAGAUAACACACUCCCAAAAGGAGUGCGACGUAUCUUUGCUGCGUUAAUUGCAUGCUAUUACCAAUAUUUAUUCAGUACUGAACAAACACAAACAACAUUGAGGUGCUUGAAUUGCAUUAAUGUUUUAAUCUCGGAUGUAUUUGUACACUGUUGUAGAAUUUCAUUGUGUGAACUGCUGAUCCUUUUAGCAAAAUUUAAGAGCUGGAUAAAUAUUUAUACAUCUAGGAAACGACUUAUAUGUGUCUAGGAUGCCAAGCAGCUAGGUGAUGCAAAAGUACUCUUCUACGUUAUACGCUAAAAAAAAAGCAUGCUACUCUUUUCUGCGGUAAAUUAUGUCUGGUGCACUAUUUUUAUCUUUUGACGGACGUCACGUGACACUACGUGGAUAGAAAACUGUUGCCCCUAGAAACAUUUGUUUAAACGUAAUGCCAAACCAAUUUGUUUGUGCUGGGUGUCUUACUUACCGGUGCGUUCAGGCAACAUACUUUAGCAUCUUAAAUUCACUAUAGCAUUCUGCCAAUUCUACGCGGUAUGGAGAAAAAAUACAUAGUGCGUAUAACCUUUAAAGUCAGGUUUCUUGUUUAUUGUCUUGAAGCAUGGUUAAGGUACUUAACGGCAUGUAACAAUCAUUACUUACGGGGUGCCGGUAAGUAGUGUGCUCGCUGGUACAGCAGUUGAUCCAUAAACCAUAAUUUUUAAGAGGAUGCUUAUCGCUUAGAUCCUUGGACUUGAGAUUAUUGUGUGCUGCUGGAAACGGCCAUGAAGCCACAGAAACUUGAUGAGCGGGUAUUCAGUGGCUUCGUUCUCGUUCCAUGUUAAUUUGUUGAGAGCAGUAUCAGGAAAAUGUGCAUUAGUUGGGAAGUUAUAAACGUACGGUUUAACGUACGUGCAAUUGUUCAACGUUGUUGAUCAGUGAUUUAUGGGAUUUUUAUCAUCUAACUCAAGACGCCGUGAAUCUGUUUUAAGCUGUGCGUUUGGAACAAGCCACUGGUUUUUUUUUUCCAUAUGUUUGUCGUAUGUUUUUCGUGUGUUUGUACAAAAUAAACAGAAUGAAUGCAAUUGCGCAUCACUUGUA